AUGAACGCGAAACUGGGGGAUUUCGAACUGGCGAGGCUUCACGAUCGCGGAUCGAAUCCGGGGACGACGAGGGUUGUGGGAACGUUGGGGUACUUCGCACCUGAGCUGACGCGGACGGGGAAGGCGACGGUGGGGUCGGACGUCUAUGCCUUCGGGGCCCUUCUGCUGGAGGUGGUGUGCGGGCGGCGACCGAUGGAGCCUAAAGCGGCGCUGGAGGAGUUGGUGCUGGUGGAUUUGGUGUGGGAGUGGGUGAGGGAUGAAAGGAUUGGGGGAAUUGUGGAUCACAGGCUGAAUGGGGACAACAACGAGAAGGAGGCGGCGACGGUGCUGACAUUGGGGAUUAUGUGCUCGAGCAAUAUGGCGGCGGCCGGAGGCGCGACCUUGUAUUAG